AUGCUGUCUCGGCUUGCACCGUUCACUCGUAUCGACCUCCCAUUCCGCACCAUAGAAGGGGUCCCCCUUGAGGCCACUGUUCUGAUUCCAAAGAUCAUAUUGGAUUCGCCUGGAGGGUAUGGGAAGAAACACCCAGUGAUGGUUCGUUGGCAUGGUGGCGGCUUCAUCGUUGGGCACCGAAUGUACGAGCCCUGGUUCGCGCAGUGGUUACUAGACUUGGCCCUCGAUCACGAAGCCAUCAUCAUCACCCCAGACUACCGACUGCUGCCAGAGUCAAAUGGAGCCGACAUACUCAGCGACGUGGCGCACUUUUGGAGAUGGAUACGGACUCUUCCGCGGUACAUGGAACACAAUUCCCUACCGCGACUGGAUCUCAGCAAUAUUUUGUGCUGCGGCGAAAGCUCUGGUGGCUUCAUCUCGGUUUACUGUGCCUUCCAUCUGGACUCCAUGCUGCAGCAACCGGGCGAUCUACUGAGCUCCGAUAGUAAGGAAAAGCCAGAGCAAAAUGUGCAGAUCAAGGCGGUUAUAUCUAUUUCUGCUCCGUUGGAUGCCACAGCUCCGGAAUACAAGAUCCCCCGACCACGGGUUUUCAUGGGUAGAAGCCCUCCACCGCCGCGGGAGGCUUUGGGGAAGAUCCGCGCGUACAUCAAGGGAAUGCCUCGAGGAAGCAUCCGGACGGGAUGCGAGCCCACCUCUGAUAUGUGGGAACUGUUAUUGUGCAUUGCACAGCAAGCACAUUUGCCUCGCUUGCUUGGGGUAGGAGCUGGAGGAGGCAAACCAAUUUCCGAAGGCAUCAUCGAAGCGCUAGACAAGGGUGGUCACAAGAUGGCACCCAUAUGGGUUGUACAUGGAAUAAACGACACCAUGGUAUGGCUAGCUUUCCAAGUCAAAUUCCGGUAUAUCCAUUGA